AACCAAACUGCAAUAGCGUGGCACCCAAGUUUUCUUAACCGCCCUCUCAUGCCACUCAAAAACCCCUAAUUUCCAUUCCCUGGAAAAGAUUUCAUGUAAAGUCGAAGAAGACCGAUGGCGGAUUCGCAGUCGGAACCGAACGUCUUCAGCGUAAGGAUCGUCUCCAUCGACUACUACAUGGCCCCGCCAAUCCCAGGCCUCGAUAUAUGUUACAGUAGCUUCCAAGGUGGGAAAGUGAAUGAGGUUCCUAUUAUAAGAAUAUAUGGAUCUACACCUGCUGGUCAGAAGACAUGUUUGCAUGUUCAUCGAGCCUUACCCUAUUUAUAUGUGCCAUGUGAAGAUAUGUCACUUCAACCAGACAAAGAAGAUGAUUCAUACACAAAUGCUGUUUCUUUUGCUCUUGAGAAAUCUUUGAAGCUUAAGGGUAAUGCUGGUUCAAAACGGCAACACGUACAUGGUUGCAGCCUUGUGCGAGCAAGGAAAUUUUAUGGUUACCAUUCAUCUGAAGAGCUUUUUAUGAAGAUAUAUCUCUAUUAUCCUCAUGAUGUCUCCCGUGCUGCCAAGCUUCUUUUGGUACACUCCUUGAACACUUCACUGAUGCUCAGUUGUCGUUUGGAAUCAUUAUGUUGGUCUUGUUUUUACAUGUCUGCUCACAUGUGGGUCUUUUUUGCUUUGAAGUUGAACAGUGCAGUUCUUGAUAGAAGUUUACAGCCCUAUGAAUCGCAUAUUCCCUUCAUUCUCCAGUUUCUGGUCGACUAUAACUUGUAUGGGAUGGGCCUAAUACAUUUAUCGAAGAUGAAAUUCCGUCAUCCAGUACCAGAUGCUUUCUCAGCAAGAAAAUCUGAUUCCCAGGCAUACACGAGUUCUGAUGCAUCUUUAAGUUCACCAAUUUGGAUAUCGUCGUCAAUUCCAGCUGAUUGGAUGUGGCAAGCUCCUUGUGAAUAUGAGGCGUCAUCAGAUCAGGACAUUUGCAUUAAACGUCAAAGUAUUUGUGAACUUGAGGGGGAUGCUUGUCUAGAUGAGAUUAUUAACCGGCAGUUUAAACUUUAUUCAUCUCUCUCACAAACCUGUUCAGAUGUGAAAAUGGUUCAAUCUCUUGUCCCUAUUUGGGAGGAGGAAUAUGAAAGGACUGGAAUGCAUGAGGUGGCAAUGCCUCUUGAUCCUACAAAACCACUUCCAGAAGAUGUUCUGAAAACUCUAUCACUGGGUCUUGAUUUUGACAGCAGACUAAUUGAACUGUGUGCUGAUGCUACUGCAUCAUCUAUUGUUGAGGGAAAUUUGGUUGGACUUGUUCAUAUUAACCCUGCCAAUGUAGAUGGAGAAGCUUUGAAGUGUUCUAAAGAAACAGCAACGGUUGGCUAUUUGUUACCGCACGAAAGAGAAGAUGGUCCAACAGCUGCUGAAGAGAAGGAUACAAGUCCUAAUAUAUUGUCUACUGAUGAAGUACAGUCAUCAGGAAUUAUUGAAACAUUAGAUUCAAAGGCUACAGAUAAGGAAGCCCUUGGUCUAUUGAGGUGGCUAGCCACUUCCCAGGCUGUUGAAGAUAUAAACUCUGAUGAUGAACUUGUUCGUGAAACUAUUUUGAGUCCUUUGUUGCCUGCAACUACCAUUGAUAAGGUGCUGGAGAAAGCUAAUAUUGAUUAUGAAAGUGAAUCUCAAAAGGAGUGUCAAGACAUUCUUGAUUCCAUUGAUGAUUUGAUUGACUUUGAGGAUCUGGGAGGAAGAGCUUCUCACUCUUCUGAUCAGAAUCAUUCUUCUAGAAAUUCAUCAGAAGAAAUUAUUCCACAAGUGGAUGGCUCUGGGGAUGAUAUGUUCUCAACUCAUUGUACCGGAUCAACUGAAAAUGCAUCUGAAAUGAAGACAAGUGAACUUGAACAGUCUUUGGAAUGCCAGGAAUUGCAAGAUGUUGGCGGGAGAUUCACCAGUAAGCACAAAAGAAAGCAACCUGUCUGGGGCCCUUUGCCAUUUUCCACAUCACAAAAGGUGAAUAAUGACUUGGAGGCUGUGGAUUUCCAUAUAAUUGAUGCAUGUGUAAGUGAAACUAAAGAUCGUGUAGGUACAAGUUUCUUGGCUGUUAAUGAGGCGGGAAAUUGUGCAGAUGGUUUCAUGAAAAAUGCACGUACAGAUAUUCAUGUUUUAAAGGAAUCAACUGCUUCGGUUGGAUGCUCUAUGCGAGACUUGAUGAGGAAAAAGCGAUCUUACCGUGGUGAACCACGUGAUUGUGGGCCUGGUAGAGUUAAAAAGGUGCUUUGGGAAGGUGAGCAAAGGGAAGGCAUCUUUCUCCUCCCUAGACGUUUAAGUGCUGAACUUGAAAAACACUCUAUUGAGUCUCUCAAUUUGAAGCAAUCUUUUACAGGCCAACAAACAAAUUUCCAUGGGUCUUCUGAGGUUAAAGCAGCACAUUCGGAUGGUCCCAUGUAUGGUAAGCGUCCUCUUUUGUCCAGCAGUGAGAGUUCGUUGCAUGCUAGUAAGUUGAAAGAUGGUAAUCUUGGUUCUCAUGAAAGGAUUGGUGAUGAGGUUGGCAAAGGAGCUUGCACCAGACCUGUAGAUUUUACAGGAACAUGUGCUUCUCAAGUUCGCACAAGAGCAGGACUUUGUAAUCCCAAGAAUGUAGAUUCUGCAGCUUCCACGAGUCAUUAUGAAAUUUACAGCUGUAAAGAGUCUGAUUUUGGUGCAGUUACCUUGAAUAAUGAGAGACUGCAGCAACUAGAUGCUGCUUCUUCAAGCUGUUUGCUAAGUGAUCUGGUUGGAUGUGAAGUAUCUGGUGCAGAUUGUUACUUGUAUGAAAGUGGCCAUAAAGAUAAACAGUCUCUGGGAUGGGUAGAUAACAUGUCUGAUGAUAAUCCUGUGGGCGCUGCAACUGAUUCAGUGGGUCUAUUAAAUGAGAAUUGUGGUGGUGCCAAACCAGGAGGGCAUUGUGUGUUAUCUGGGCUCAGCAGCUCAAAAACAAAAUGUACGGAUCUAAUCGGCAUGACCUUCUCCAGUAAACCCCCUAUUGCAGGCUGGACAGAUGGAGCAUUUGAAAAUCUUUCAUUUCUGCCUACUUCCUCUAAUCUGGCGCAGGAAAAUUAUGACAGAAAAGCAGGAGGAGAUUUGGAUGAUUUUCUUCCUUUUUUUGAUGGGGACUGUCAAGAAGUGAAAGAAGACAUGGACAAGCAUGGUAGAAAUAGCGACUCUAAUUCUGAUCAAGUUGUCAUCGGGGUCCCUACUCACUAUCAAAAUGAUGGCUCUUACUUGUAUCUUUUAACAUCUGUAUUCUCACCUCCUUCUGCAGAUAGUGUAUAUAGAUGGCUAUCAUGUGAAGACAAAGGUACUUCUGGAGGGAACAACAUAGCAUUGGUGGAGCCAUCAGCUUUAAAAAGUUCAUCUAGCAUUUUGAUUGGUUCAAAAAGUUAUUUGCCCAAUGAUUUUGACAAGGCUUUGCCAGAAUGUUGCUCCAAAUCUCAUGUGAAGCCUAUUCUUGAUCCUUUGUGUUACGAAAUCCCUGGAAGCCUUAAUACAGAACGGGCUCCAUGUGGCGAUGAGAUGACAACAAUCAUGCAGGGUGGGGAAGGUAUUGCAAAAGAAAAGGUUUGCUCUGGUUUCUCGCAAGAUAUGUCUCAGAUUUCAGGACCAGAUGGGAAAUCACGGCUUACUCCUCUUAGUCAAAGUGGAUUUCGGGAUCCUGCCAGUGUUGGUGGUGGGCAACAAUUGACAUUGUUGAGUAUAGAGGUUCAAGCAGAAUCAAGAGGUGAUCUCAGACCUGAUCCUCGAUUUGAUGCUGUCAAUGUUGUAGUUCUUGCCAUCCAAAAUGAUACUGAUUCCAUCACUGAAGUUUAUGUGCUUUUGCAUGGUAAAACUGAAGCUUAUAAGAGGAACUUAGAUGGAAUACCUGGCUGCAAGAUGUUGGUUUUCUCUGAGGAGAAGUACUUAUUCAGUCACUUUAUGAAGUUUGUAUGUUCAUAUGACCCAGAUAUAGUAAUGGGUUGGGAUAUUCAAGGUGGUUCUCUAGGAUUUUUGGCAGAAAGGGCUUCACAUCUUGGUAUAGUUUUACUUGGUAACAUAUCUCGGACACCAUCUGAAACCAAGAUAGCUGCUGGAGACUUACCUGAGAUUCUUAAUAAUAUAUUUCCUGAGUCAAUUGCUGAUCCUGUCACAAUAGAAGAUGCAAUAAUCGAGGAUGAAUGGGGUCGAACUCAUGCCAGUGGUGUUCAUGUAGGUGGUAGAAUUGUCUUGAAUGUGUGGCGUCUGAUGCGCAGUGAAGUCAACCUUAGUAUAUACACGAUUGAAGCAGUAGCUGAUGCUGUGCUGAGGCGAAAAAUUCCUGCAUUUCAUCACAAAUUACUGACAAAAUGGUUUUCAAGUGGUCCUGGACAAGGGAGAUUUACGUGUAUAGAGUAUGUGAUAGAGAGAGCAAGGUUGAACCUUGAGAUAAUGAACCAACUUGAUAUGAUAAGUCGAACAUCAGAACUUGCUCGUGUCUUCGGCAUUGACUUUUUUUCAGUUCUCUCUCGCGGUUCACAAUAUCGUGUUGAAUCAAUGCUUUUGAGAUUGGCACAUACACAAAAUUAUCUAGCUAUAUCUCCUGGAACUCAACAGGUUGCUUCUCAACCUGCAAUGGAGUGCCUGCCUCUUGUAAUGGAACCAGAGUCUGGCUUUUAUGCAGACCCAGUUGUUGUCUUGGAUUUUCAGUCUCUAUAUCCGUCAAUGAUAAUUGCAUACAACCUUUGCUUUUCUACAUGCCUUGGCAAAGUUGCGUCUUCCAAGUCAAAUACACUUGGGGUUAGUUCAUAUUCACUAGAUCCGUAUGUUCUGCAGGCUGUGAAAAAUGAGAUUCUGCUUACUCCAAAUGGUGUCAUGUAUGUAUCUCCAAAGGUCCGUAAAGGCAUACUGCCCCGUUUAUUGGAGGAAAUAUUAUCGACUAGAAUAAUGGUGAAACAAGCUAUGAAAAGGUUGAGCUCCUCACAGCAAGUUCUUUACAGGAUAUUUAAUUCUAGGCAGCUUGCUUUGAAGCUGAUUGCAAAUGUGACAUAUGGCUAUACAGCUGCUGGAUUUAGCGGUCGCAUGCCUUGUGCGGAGCUGGCGGACAGUAUUGUUCAGUGUGGCCGCCGUACUCUUGAAAAGGCAAUCUCAUUUGUGAAUGCACAUGAGAAGUGGAAAGCUAGAGUUAUUUAUGGUGAUACUGAUAGCUUGUUUGUGCUCCUCAAGGGACGCUCAGUCAAAGAGUCUUUUCAAAUUGGUAAUGAGAUUGCAUCUGCAAUCACUGCUAUGAAUCCAAAUCCAGUCACUUUAAAAAUGGAGAAAGUUUAUCAUCCAUGCUUCCUCCUUACUAAGAAACGCUAUGUUGGUUACAGUUAUGAGAGCCCAGAGCAAUCUGAACCAGUGUUUGAUGCUAAAGGUAUUGAGACAGUACGCAGGGAUACAUGUGGAGCUGUUGCAAAGACAAUGGAGAAGUCAUUGAGACUCUUUUUUGAACAUCAAGACAUCUCGGAGGUCAAAGAAUAUUUGCAGCGUCAAUGGACACGGAUUUUAUCUGGUAGGUUUUCUCUUCAGGAUUUUGUUUUUGCAAAGGAGGUUCGAUUGGGUACCUACUCUUCUCUCCCACCGGCAGCAAUUGUGGCCACAAAAGCAAUGAGAGCCGAUCCCAGGGCUGAACCACGCUAUGCAGAGCGAAUACCUUUUGUUGUAAUACAUGGGGAGCCUGGGGCCCGUCUGAUUGAUAUGGUUGUGGAUCCAAUGGAACUUUUGGCGAUUGAUUCACCGUUUAGAUUAAAUGAUUUGUAUUACAUCAACAAACAUAUAAUCCCAGCUUUGCAGCGGGUAUUUGGACUGGUUGGAGGUAACUUGAACCAGUGGCUAAUAGAGAUGCCACGUCCAGUCCGGAAAGCCUCUGCUAAACGUCCCUGUUAUGCUCCAAAUCCACUCCGAACCAGAAUUGAUUAUUACUACAUCUCUAAACAUUGUAUACUUUGUGGUGAGUUGGUUCAGGCAUCAGCCCAUCUCUGCAAUCAGUGUUCGCAAAAGGGAACCGCUGCAGCAGCAGCAGCUGUGACUGGAAGAACUUCAAAAUUGGAGAGAGAGAUGCAACACCUUGCUGCAAUAUGUCAUCAUUGUGGAGGUGGUGACUGGGCAGUCAAGUGCACUUCGCUGGCAUGCUCGGUGUUUUUUGAGAGGCAGAAAGUUCAGAAGGAGCUACAAAGUCUUUCCUCUGUGGCUGCUGAUGAAGGUUUCUACCCAAAAUGUAUGGUCGAGUGGUUCUGAACGCUAGUUGCUCCAAUGUCUUGCUUGAACAGCAGAAUGGGAAGAGAAGAUCUGACCUGCUAGGCUGCUACCAUGUUCAGAGAUGCCUAGUCCUGUGUUGUAAGUUUUAUCAUGUGCUCACGUUUAAUUAGUCAUUAUUUGUUUCUUUUGAUUAUUUGCCCUCUGUUCCUACGGCCCAAGCUUUCUUUUACAGAUGAAAUAGUCACUUAGAUCGAAUAAUCUUUAUGACUGACUAAAGCAGACGUCAGUAGUUUUUUUC